CCUACCUUGACACCGUCAACGGCCGUCAGCCCUAGCCCCCUGCGCGCGGAUACGAGUAUUCGGUGCUACAACCCUUGCCCGGGUUUAUGGAACGGAUUACGUCGUUGACGAUAUUAAUCACUCUCCAACUGCACAGCCGCGAAUAACCCAUGUCCAUCCUCGACGCUACCGUCACCGAGAAUCGACGGAACCGUCACCGAGAAUCAACAGAACCGACACCGACGGCACCUGGCUCACGGCUAUAAAAUGACCACCCUCGCCAACUUGAUUCACGGCGGUCGUUGUCCUGCGCACCAUGUCCCUGUCCACCAGCCAGCGAAGACAUUUCGCCAUGUUUUUCCAUCGCGCACUCGCCUGCCUUGCCGUCGCUGACCUUGCCCAGGCGGCUGGCUCCAAGAUACACUGGGGCCCUUGCGAUCCCGGCGAGUUCAACACGACCUUGUCUCUACAGUGCGGCACUCUCCGAGUGCCUCUCGACUAUUCUCAUCCCGAUUCUAGCAGCAAGAUCGGCCUCAAGGUCGUCAAAAUUCCCGCCGCCGUUCAGCCGUCGAGGGGAGGCAUCCAGCUCAACUUUGGAGGCCCUGGCUUUCCCUCGCGGCAGACGGCCGUCAGCUUUGGCCCCUUGCUGCAGAAGCUCAGCGGCGAUGUCUAUGAUCUCCUCGCCUUUGACCCUCGCGGGACCGGCACCACCAUUCCGUUCAUCUGCACCGAUGACCCGUUCACCAUUGGACAGAUGCUCGACGAGAUGGGGUCCGGGAACGCCUCGGACACGGCAAUCGGGCGGCUAUGGGCGCGUGGCGAGGUCGAUGCAAACAUCUGCAAACUGCACGGAAAUGGCAACGACACGGGCGAGUUCAUCGGCACUGCUUCCGUUGCCAGGGACAUCAUCAGCCUUGCCGACGCCCUCGGCGAGGACGGAAUGCUGCGGUAUUGGGGCUUUUCUUACGGAACGACAUUGGGCGCAACCGUCGCAGCCAUGUUUCCGGAAAGAGUCGACAAGCUGGUCAUCGACGGCGUUCAGAACCCCCACGACUAUUACCACGCCGACGCCGAUUUCGAGGAAUGGACCGACUCGGACAAGGUUUUUAGCUACUUCUUCACAAGCUGCAUCGAAGCUGGCCCUGGAAAGUGCGCUAUAGCCGCGCAAAACAAGACGGCGGCGGAGUUGGAGCAAGACGCGUGGGGUUUCAUAGACGCGGUCCGUGCAGCUCCCAUUCCGGCGGGGAAUUAUCUAGCCGACGAGAACGGGAUCAAGAGCUUCAUUCUCCAGGAGCUCAAGGACACGCACGGAUGGUCAACCCUGUCCCAGAUCCUGGCCGUCUUGGUGUACGGAUCCGACGCGAGAAGGCGCCAGCUGCUCGAGGCUGUGUAUGCUGCCGAGGAGGCGGCGAACGCCCUGGGUGUUCACAGUAUUGAUUCUGCGCAAAGACUGUGGGGCAUCCACUGCAGCGACCGAGUCCCGCGCAUCGACUCGUUCGACGAGGCUGCGGCCGUUUUCGCCAAGCUCAACAACAUCAGCAGGCUCGUGGGCGGUUUGGUAGCGUACAUCACGGCGCACUGCGCGCAGUGGCCGUGGCACGCUAGUAACCCGUAUACGGGCGACUUCCGCGUCAAGACGAAGAACCCGAUCCUGGUUGCCAGCAACAGCCGCGACGCACACACGCCGCUCAGAUCGGCCCUCAACGUCAGCGCGGGAUUCGAGGGAAGCGGAUUUCUGCAGGUGAAUGGCACUGGUCACGCUACCAUCAGCGCGCCCUCCGUGUGCGGCUUCAGGGCGCUCGUGACCUACUGGAUUAACGGCACCCUUCCCUCGCCCGGUUUGGUUUGCGAGACGGCCCAGCCUUUCGACGACAACGAGUGGGCCGACGUCAUUGCGGAGGCUACUGGCUCUAGGAACACGACGUCGUUAAAGGAGAGGGUGGUAUAUCCCCGGCGGCUGCUUUGAUUGGGGGCGUAAAGAAAGCUUGGGCUUCUUUCUGUCGUGUCCUCUUGUUGGCACAUCUCAUAAAUAUAGAAGAUUUCUACUCGCAGGUCUACCGGUUGCCUAGCGACAU